AUGGUUUAUCAGUGGACAAACUUCGUCUGGGAAACCAAUGCCUGGUGGUUGAGAAGAAUUAGACCUUUUAUUGUCUUGGGAGGCUUCGCAUUCACAGCAUUCUACGGAGGUAGAUAUUACUUUUUCGGCAAAUGGGCAUAUUAUAAAUAAAGACAAUUCUCAGAGGCUGAAUUAGUUGCUUAAGCAGAAGUCAAUAAAAGGAAUUGGGGUUACGGUGUUUGGUACAAACCAACACUUGAAAGAAGCAGAAAGAAAUUAUUAUAAGAUGCACUUAAAGAUAAAUAUAGAUAUGCAAUGACUUGGGAAGAAUUAUUCUACGAAGAUCCAAGACCAGUAGAGGAAAUUCUUGAAGAAGAAAACUCAUGGGAAGAAUAUGAAAUUUGAUAAGAUUUAAUAUUAUAUAAAAUAAACAUAUACAAAUUUCUAUAGCU